AUGGUGCAGGAAAAGUCAUAUUGGCUUGGUAAAGAAGUUGCGUUUCAUGUUUUAUACAAGAACAGAGUCUUGCCAUACUUCUGUUUGCAAAAACUUGACAUUGAUCAUGAAACAAUUGUGAAGAUCUCCACUGCUGGACAAUUGAUGCAGUGUUCUGCAGCCAUCGAUUUGCUGUUCCUGCUGGAUGGGUCAUACAGUAUUGGCAAAGGAAGCUUCGAGAGAUCCAAGCAUGUCGCGUUCAAACUUUGUGAUGCUCUUGAUAUCAAUCCGGGCAGGGUCAGAGUUGCAGCCAUUCAGUACAGUUCAAUGCCUAAAGUUGAAUUUUAUCUGAAUUCCUACUUAACAAAAGAAGAAGUAAAAGAACAACUUAAGAAAAUUGUAUUUCGAGGUGGAAGUACACAGACUGUCCUGGCAUUGAAAUAUGUACUUCAAAAAGGAUUUAUUGCUGCAAGAAAUGCUUCCAUUCCUCGAAUUCUUAUCAUUCUUACUGAUGGUAAAUCUCAGGGCAAUGUGGCGGAGGUAGCAGCUCAAGUGAAAGAAACUGGUAUAACCGUGUUUGCUGUUGGAGUGAAGUUUCCAAGAUGGGAGGAGUUGACUUUACUAGCUAGUGAACCUACAGACAGCCAUGUGCUGUUUGCAGAGCACUUUGACGAUGCCGUCAAUGGUCUGUAUACCACACUAACAAGCUCUGAUGUCUGUUCUGCUAUUCCACCAGCUUGCAAACUUGAGACCCAUGUCUGUCUACGUAAAUCUCUAGAAACAGUGAAGGAAUUCAAAGGGAAUUUCAUGUGCUGGAGGGGAUCAUAUGCAUAUGGUGGACCUUUCUCAACACUAUGUCCUUAUUACAGUUGGAAGCGAGUUUAUAAGACACAUCUUGCUCGAUGCUACAGAACUAUGUGCCCAGAACCAUGUGAUUCACAGCCCUGUCAGUACGGAGGCACGUGUGUCUCAGAGGACCUUGAAAAGUACCACUGUAUCUGCCCUGCAGCAUUUGGAGAAGAUUUUAAUUGCGCUCCACAGCAAGGACUUGAAUGCAGUGUGGAUCUUCUGCUGCUAAUUGAUGGCUCAGCCAAGGCAACCCCUGAAGGAUUCCUCCGGCACAAAGCCUUUGUAAAAAGAUUUCUGCAGGUUGUGCUGACUGCGGACAGUCAAAUUAACGUAGGUGUGGCACAGUACAGUGAUGGAGUCCAAAUGGAACUGCCUAUGGGACUGCACCAGGAUGUAUCAGAUGUUGCUCGUAAGAUUGAACUGAUGCGUUUCAAAGGAGGCAGCACAAAGACUGGGACGGCUUUAGAAUACCUCACCCAGAUUGGAUUUAAAACCAGAUCGACAGUUCCACAUGUUCAUGAGGACCGUCCGCACGUUUUAAUUCUACUAACAAACUCAAAAGCAGACGAUUCCAUAGCUGAAUCAGCCAAAUAUGCCAGAGAGCGAGAGGUCUUCCUCCUUGCAGUUGGAAGCCACAGUCUUCAGUCAGAGUUGGUUGCAAUUACAGGAAAUCCCCAGCGUACAGUCACAUAUUCAAAUCCUCAACAUUUCUUCAAUCAGAUCCCUGAACUAAGAACAAAAAUCUGCAACAUUUACAAUCAAGGAUGCUUAUCCCAGCCUUUAGAUCUCGUGUUUGCUUUGGAUGCAUCAUCUGGAGUUGGAAAGGACAACUUUGAUAAAGUGAAAGAUUUUACGAAGGCUGUCACCAUGCAUUUUGAAAUAAACCGUGACAUUACUCAGGUUGGCCUCGUGAUUUAUGGCAGCAGUUCGAGAACAAUUUUUGGCCUUGAUGCGUUUGAUUCAGGCAUUAACCUCCAGAAGGCCAUUGACUUAGCUCCUUAUUUGGGCGGAACUGCUUCCACUGGCAGCGUCCUCCUUCACAUUUACGAUGAUGUGAUGACUGUCCGACAAGGUACUCGGCCUGGUGUGAAUAAAGUAGUGGUGGUCCUAACAGAUGGAGCAAGCACCGAUGAUGCAGCAGUUCCUGCACAGACUCUGAGGAACAACGGCAUCACUGUCUUUGCUGCAGGUAUCGGUGAUGUGCAGAAGGAAUCAUUGCGAAGGAUCGCUGGCUCUGCCAAUUACAUGAUAACUGUGCCAUCCUUUGAGGAUUUGAAAUAUUUUGACGAAAUCAUUGCUCACAGGAUUUGUGAAGUGGCCAAGCAGCCAGUCAACUUGUGCAAACCUAAUCCAUGUAUGAACGGUGGGGAAUGCAUACUUCAUGCUGGAAGAUACCAUUGUGAGUGUGAAGGCUGGGAGGGAGUCCACUGUGAACACAGAAUUGCAGACCCGGUGCCUCGUGGAGACGUCCCCAGGACACACAGGAGGCGGCUGUGGCAUUUAAACAGAAGAGGGAAAAGGUUUCACAGAAGACGUAGGCACCGAAGGAAUAAGAAUACUUUAUCCUAACUGGGCUUACUCUGUCCUGUUACACAUUCAUACUGGGCAUAUGAUCUGACAUGGAGCAGGUAGAAAGAGGCUGAUGUCAGCAGCUUAUUGCUCUAAUUUUGUUAACUAGAAUACCUGUACUGUUUCCAAUUCUGAAGUAACUGGUAUAUGAUCAUUUGAGAAGUUAUUCAUGUUUCUUAAGGGAACACUGCUACUAAGCUAAUGAUUUAAUUGUUUGUCAGGUCCACAUUUAUGUGGACUUCCAACGUGUCUGCACGGACUGUUCAAGCUUUGGUUUACAUUCAAAGGAAUAUGUUCUACAGUUUGUAAUAUCCAUUCCUUUAUAACAUUAUCUUAAGUUUAACUGGUCAUGCAAGUAUUUAAACAUUGUUUCUCAUGUGACACUGCAUGGUUUUGAGGUUUCAAAAAGACAAUGCAUUUUGGUAUUCUUUUCUUCAUGGGGUUUUGUUUCUGAAAGAAAUUUUGCAAUUCAUUGCCUCCAUCUAUUAAUGCUUUCCACAUUGGUAAGGUUUUUGAUCUGUGAUACAUGCUAAAUAUGCAAAAGAGCUAACACAGAGGUUAUCCAGCCAAACUCUGAUUAGUUAACUAAGUUGUUUAUUGACAAGAAGGUGAUUGAAAUACACAUCAGGAUCAAAAGAUGCAAAACUUACAAUACUGUACAUAAAUCUUGGAUACAUUCAUACAACUAGGGUAGCCUAAGACUUUUGGACAGUACUGUAUUUGUCAAUGUGGAGUGAAAAGCGAGUUUGUAAAUCUGGUGGGAGCAGAGGAUGUUGGGAAUGGCGAAGGUGGAGUCCCAUGGGAGUGGUGUGCACAGGGUGGCUGCAAAGGAAGGCUAGGGGUGGGGGUAGAGGUAGUGCUGGUGUAGACACACCACACCCAGCCCAGAGACACCAGGCAAGGUUAUUUAAUUCCAAACCGCUGGUUUAUUGAUCAUUGCAGAAUGUCUCUCUGGUGCUUUCCGCUCUCUCACCUCUCCUUUCCUAUUUUCCCAACCAUGAUUCCUCUCUUCCUGUACCCUUCCCACCCUCAGUCCACAAUAGUGACUCUAUAUCAGAAUUAGGUUUAUCAUCACUCACAUAUAUCAUGGAAUUUGUUAUUUUUUUGCAGCAGCAGUACAGUGCAAUACAUAAAAUUAUUACAGUACUGUGCAAAAAUCUUGCUAUAUAUAUGUGCGUGAAGGCUUUUGCAUAGUACUGUAGGACAUGUCCUUUGAACAUGUAGAGAGGUGUAGUUCAUGUUAAGAGAGUUGCAAAAAUACAAAUUUAAAUUAAUAUGAGGUUUAACCAAGUGUUGAAGGCUCUUAAUCAAAUCUGAAUAUAUAUGUGUGAGCAGUAGAUUAAUUCACCGACUAACAUUAAAAAUAUUCAUCAAUGGAGGAAAAUCUGUGCAAUGGUUAUUCAUUGGAAUGUUAUACUUUUUAUACUUAGCCAGCAAUAUUGAUAUCCUUAACCCAAAUUUCCCUUUUUAAAAGAUUUGAUGUGUUGCUUUAUAAAUUUGUACAGAUCCCAAGUAUAUGUUACUUGUAGCUGGGCACUUUUCACUGAGUUUGGCAUAUAAGUGAAAAGCUAGAAUCUCAUAUGAAGUCUUUUGAAUUGUACUGUGUGACAGAGCCAGUGCGAAGCUUGUAUUUUAUUUAGGAACCUUGAUUGUUAUUAUAAAUGUAACACAAGCUAUUCCACAUUAUUGACAGUCUACUCUGCAUAUUUUACAUCAAGACCUUAAGGCAAUUACUUUCAACAGCUUAUUUUGCAUAAAUAUCUCUUUGGCGUUCCUUUGAUUUAGUGGCACUAGAAAAUAAUGUGGAGAGAAUCUAUGCACUCUAAUUAGAAUUCCUAGGUGUAUAUCUAGCAUCUAUAUUGUUGAAGAUAUAUGUAUUCCAAGCUUUCUGAUCAUAUAAUAGGUAUUUAUCACAGGCUUGAGUAAAAUGCAUUCUGAAUUGAGAUGAAAGUACCACUUAACUUUGCUAUGCAAUUAUGCUACAGAUGUGUAUACUAGUUACUUGCAGCCUUAGCAUACUAUUUUCCAAACAAUUACCAUGUGUGUCUGCUUGAUAUCCACCCCAACUGCCUGAUGUCAGAAGUACUUUGCAGUCUCUUCCUUCUCCUGAUGUGCUUGUCUUACUUCAGGCCUUUUCUUGACUUAGUUGCUUUAGCUUCCUUACCUGUGAUGUCUUCCCCCGUAGUCUCUCUUGAUGUUUUUCACUAGCGAUAAAAAGAAGACAGAUUUCUGAUAGUUUGCAGUACUACUCCAAUGAAUUAGAGGGCUUUGCUCCUUCAUAAAACACACACUGUUUAGGAAUAUCCAGAAAGAGCCAAUUCAACCAUGGAGGGAAUUUAUGAGAAUGAUCAUCGAAAUAGUAAAUCAUAAACACAAGAGAUUCUUCAGUUGCUGGAAAUCCAGAGCAACACACACAGGAUCUCAGCAGGUCUACGCAAAUAGAUAAACAAUAAACAUUUUAGGCCGAGACCUUUCUUUUGGAGGAAAAUGCCAGAAUUAAAAGGCAGGGGGUGGGGAAGGGAAAGGAGGAGUACAGAACAGUACUAUUGUAGGUAAAGUAGUCACUUAAGUCAAUCAGCUGCCUAUUAUUUCCAUGGUCUUACCUGAUAGGAUAUGUUCUUGUAAUCAUCUUGUUAUGGUUGACCUUGGUUUGAGGCACCCAAUGACAAGUCAUCCACCCCGCCCACUAACUUGUAAAAAGCUGAAGCAAUUGGGCAGAGAUAAGAUGUCAAUCAAAUCACAAUCAUAAGUUUAUUGGGUGGCAAUUUACAUAAAUGGGAAAUGACUCCAACCCCAUAUUAUCUUAUUAUUAGAUAUUGAUAACAUGCUUCGAGUUAACUAAAAUGCAGUAUUUUAUUUUAUUAGAGAUAGAGCAUAGUAACAGACCCUUCCAGUCCACUGAGCCCACUUAUGCCCAUGUGACCAAUUAACCUACUAACCACUAAGUCUUUGGAGUGUGGGAGGAAACCCGCAGCAGGUACAGUUUAUCAGAAUGGCUAGACAGUAUUAGAAAUAAAAUCUUGGUGUGUCAGUCAGUCGCCUGAGGCAACACAGGUUGAAGUGUAGACUUCAAAUGAAGUGGGUUUAGCUCAACAGCUAAUAAUUUUGAAGAGGCCAUGCUGUUGAUAGUUGAGUCCCUAUUUAAGGUAUGUGUUUUUGUAUGAUGGAACAUUUCAUAUUGCUUCUGUAGCAUAGCAAAAUUCCACAGGAGGGGCUCCCAACCUGGGGUCCAUGGACUCCUUGAUUAAUGGUAUUGGUCCAUGGUAUGAAAGGUUGGGAAACCCUGUCCUAGGAUGUGAAGGAGUGUUCAUUGGAGCUUAAUUUUUUAAAAAUCUGAGAUGCAGGCUGAAGUGCUGGAAGAUGGAAUUAUUCUAGAAGCAAAGGAUACCACAUUCAUCAUCAUUAUGUGCCAUAUCGUACAAUAUGGGCAAUCAUGGUUUUCCAUCUGUUAACCAUGAUUGUUUUUGGCAAAUUUUUCUACAGAAUUGACUUGACAUUACCUUCUCCUGGGCAGUGUCUUAAGACGGAUGACCCCAGCCAUUAUCAAUACUCUUUGGAGAUGGUCUGCCUGGUGUCAGUGGUCGCAUAACCAGGAUUUGUGAUGUGCACCAGCUGCUCAUACGACUGUAUACUACCUCUCCCAUAGCUUCACGCAGGUGCUACACCUAGCCCAAGUGUGACCUGCAGGCUUGCAGAGGGAAGGAGUGCCUUGCACUUACUUUGGUGGAAAUGUAUCUCCACCCCACACUCUACCACUACAAGCAGGGUGGUGGAAGUACAAUGUGACACAUUUAUAUGAACAGCUUGAACUUCAAACAUAGACAAAGGAAUUUGUCAAACUAAAGAACCAAUCAUUGCACCAUGCAUUAAAACUGCAUUGUAAACCAGGCUGAAUCGGUGCCAUUGUUUGAAAGAAAUACUGAUAUAUCCCCUUUACUCUUCAGCUGAGUUCUGCUCUUUGCUCUUCCCACUUGACAAGAGGAGCAGAAUGGGUCUGCAGUGAACAGCAUAAUCCUAUCUUACAAAUAUAGACCAACGUGUAAUGAGUGAAGCAAAUGGGUUAAUACUCCUUUGGGUGGUUAGUUUAAUCUCUGCUUGGAACUACAGAGUAGAAAGGAAUUCUAUUGGAGAACCACCCAAACUGUAGUUGAGCCCCUAUUUUCAGGGUAUGAGUUAUUAUUUAAUGAAUUAUAUUCUAUUGCAGUUAUAGCAUAGAAAUAUCCUAGAGUAAAUUAGGAAGUGGAAAAAUGUUUCAAAGUUCAAAGCAAAUGUAUUAUCAAAGUAUGUAUAUGUCAUUUUAUUGUGGGCAUUCACACUAAAUGCAAAACAAUAGAAAACAUUCUCAACAAAGCUUGGAAUUUUAAUGUGAAGAAAUUAUAAUGUUUCUAUGUUAAAAAUAGUGAUCAGUUUAAUGAAACUAGAAGUAUAUAGCCUUCUUGUGACGUAUUAAAAUUUGAACUUAAGCUGGUGUGGUAUAUCUGAAACUAAAGGUACAUUCCUAUUGACAACAUCUCUAAUGUAUAAUGACAAUGUUAAAGAAUUUUGUAUGUAAAAUCAGAUAUUAAUCUUUGUACAUUUUUAUGUUUGUGUUGGAUGUAAUGCAACAAUAUCUUUAUGCAUUGCUUUAUAUCUUGAAGAAGUUUACCAAGAAAUCAGGCUGGCUUGUAAAAGGUCCAUGUGACAUACU